AUGGCACGCAAAUCAGCUAUCAUGCUGGCUGUCGCAUGCUCUACACUUUUAACGACGGCGGCAAGUAUUGAUAAGAGACUUGCUGGGGGAGAAGCUGCCCAAAUUGGCGAUAUUCCAAGCAUGGUCAGCAUUCAAAAUGAGAGAGGUUACCACGAAUGUGGUGGUACUUUAUUGGAUAGCACCACUGUUCUCACUGCCGCUCAUUGUCUUGGAUCAAGCCACGCUGUCAGGGCAGGAACGCUGAAUGCACACGAGGGCGGAGUCAUUGCGAAUAUUUCAUCUCGGAAGCCACACCCCAACUACAAGAAACAGACUAGCGUUUAUGACUCUCCCGAGAAUGAUAUUGCCAUCGUGAAAUUGUUGACUCCAAUUGAGAAAAGCGAUGUCAUCGACUACGCACCACUGCCGGCGGACGGCGCAAACCCUGUAGCCGACUCUGCCGCAAUAGCCGCAGGCUGGGGUUAUAACUACGACACAUCUCGGUAUAGUUAUCACCAACUUAUCAAAGUUGAACUUCCUGUUCGCGGACGCGAGUUUUGUGAGAAGAUAGCCCCAAAAAUCUUCCAUGGCAAGGACACGUACCUAUGUGUUGGGGGGGAUGGCAAGGGUGCCUGCCAUGAAGAUAGCGGCGGUCCUCUUUUUGACAAGGAAACGAAACAAUUCAUUGGUCUCACAUCAUUCGGCCUGGGUCGCUUCCCAUGUGGUCCUACGCAUCCCUCAGUCUAUACCAGAAUCAGCGGCUACAUCUCUUUUAUUAAGGAAAACAUGGGGGGUAGUAGUUCUGUGUAA